CUGCCACGCGCAACAUCAACCACCCCACCAACAAAGCCUAGAUCAUUCAACUCCUUCUCUGAACACUCGUCACAAGCCAUACCACUUCUCCACCUUUCAGAGGAUAACGAGACGAAGCGGUAGAGAGCGUUUCUUUUUCGUCGCGCACAACUUUUUCUUCGCACGGGAUACCCGCUUCCCCCCCACCUCUCUCCUUCAAAGACAAUAAUUUGAUUAUCCGAUUCAGUAUCAGUUGAAGAUGAGCGUCGUCGGAAUUGAUCUUGGUACGCAGAACACCGUCAUUGCUGUUGCAAGGAACCGAGGUGUCGAUGUGAUUACCAACGAAGUCUCUAAUCGAUCUACACCUUCGCUGGUUGCAUUUGGUCCCAAGGCUAGAUACCUCGGCGAGGGUGCUAAGACACAAGAAAUCUCAAACCUUAAGAACACUGUUGCCUCGCUGAAGCGACUUGCUGGCCGCUCAUUGAGUGACCCCGAUGUCGCACUUGAGCAGGACUUCGUUUCGGCCUUGCUGGUCGAGGUCGAUGGCCAGGUGGGCGCGGAAGUGUCCUACCUGGGCAAGAAGGAGAAGUUCACCGCUACCCAGCUCAUCGCCAUGUUCCUGAGCAAGAUCAAAGCCACAGCCUCUGCCGAGCUCAAGUUACCAGUCUCCGACAUUGUGAUGAGCGUGCCGCCGUGGUUUACCGACGUCCAGCGGAGAAGCUUGCUCGAUGCUUCUGAAAUCGCUGGCUUGAAGCUCUUGAGAUUGAUCAACGACACUACCGCUACUGCUUUGGGCUACGGUAUCACGAAGCUUGAUCUUCCCACUGCCGAGGAGAAGCCUCGAAGAGUUGCAUUCGUCGACAUUGGUCACAGUGACUAUUCUUGUUCGAUUGUAGAGUUCAAGAAGGGUGAGCUCAAUGUUCGCUCAACCGCCUGGGACCGCCACUUUGGUGGCCGAAACUUCGACAAGGCGCUUGUCGACCACUUCGCUGAGGAGUUCAAGGAGAAGUACAAGAUCGAUAUCAAGAGCAACCAGAAGGCGCUCAUGCGUGUCAUUGCUGCGGUCGAGAAGCUCAAGAAGGUGCUCUCCGCCAACGCCAGCGCGCCCAUCAAUGUCGAGUCGUGCAUGAACGAUGUUGACGUGAACAGCUUCUUGAAGCGGGAGGAGCUUGAGCAGCUCUGCAAGCCGCUCCUUGACCGUGCCCAUGUCCCUCUCGAGCAGGCUCUCGCCGACGCCAAGCUGAAGGUUGAGGACAUUGACGCCAUUGAGUUGGUCGGUGGCUGCACUCGUGUUCCUGCCCUCAAGGCUAUCAUCCAGGACUUCUUCGGCAAGCAGCUCUCGUUCACCAACAACCAGGAUGAGGCUAUUGCCCGUGGUGCCGCAUUCAGCUGUGCUAUCCUCUCUCCUAUCUUCCGUGUCCGCGACUUUGCCGUUCACGACAUUGUCAACUACCCCAUCGAGUUCACCUGGGAGAAGUCUCCUGAUAUCCCCGACGAGGACACCAGCCUUACCGUCUUCAACAGGGGCAACGUCAUGCCUUCGACUAAGAUCCUCACCUUCUACCGGAAGCAGCCUUUCGAUCUUGAGGCCCGGUACGCUAAGCCCGAAUUGCUGCCUGGAAAGAUGAAUCCUUUCAUUGGCCGCUUCUCUGUCAAGGGCGUGAAGGCCGAUUCCCAGGACGACUUCAUGAUUUGCAAACUCAAGGCUCGUCUCAACUUGCACGGCGCCUUGAACGUUGAGCAAGGUUACUACGUUGAGGACGUUGAGGUCGAAGAGCCGAUCCCCGAAGAAAAGGAGGGUGAUGUGAGUACUCAUCAAUUAUUUUGCCCCAGAGAUGUGCCCGCUUAAUUCCGUAUCUGCCAAAUGUGUGAGAAUCUAACUGGACACCAAUGGCUGACUGAAAAUUCACAGGCGAUGGAGACCGAUCAAGCCAACGGGAGCGCCGAGGCUAAGCCGAAGACUCGGACGGUCAAGAAGCAGGUUCGCAAGGGUGACCUUUCUCUGGUUUCGGCCACUGCUUCUUUGAAUGAGGCUGGCAUUGCUGC